AUGGGCAAUGAGCUACGAGUCCUCCCUGCCGGCGCCGGCUAUGGCAUCGUCAUCGGCAUCGGCGGCAUCUUUGCCCUCUUCAUGCUCAGCCUAACUUGGCUUCAAAACCGAUACACCCGCUUCUCAACGCACCAAGCCGAAGAAUUCAACACCGCCUCCCGCUCCGUCAAACCAGGUCUCAUCAGUGCCGGCAUUGUCUCGUCCUGGACAUGGUCAGCAACGCUGUUGACAAGCUCAACCUUCGCAUACGAAUAUGGCGUCUGUGGACCGAUGUGGUACGGAGCAAUGGGUACCCUCCAAAUUCUUCUCUUCGGAUUAAUCGCUAUCAAAAUAAAAACGAAUGCCCCCGGUGCCCAUACGAUGCCCGAGAUCGUGCUCGCGCGUCACGGAAAGAUCGCCCACUUGACGUACCUGUACUACGGUCUAGCGACCAACAUGCUCGUCGGCGCAUGCUUAGUCCUUGGCGGUGCACAGGUUGUCGAGGCGUUGACGGGGAUGAACGUCUACGCGGCGACGUUCCUUAUUCCCGCUGUUGUGGCGGCUUAUGUGAUUGCGGGUGGACUGCGGUCGACCUUUAUCGCGGAUUAUACGCACACGGUGAUUCUUUUCAUUGCGAUUUUGGUCUUUGGCUUCUUGAUCAUUGCUACGAGUGACUUGGUUGGUAGUCCUAGCAAACUGUAUGACCUCCUGCAAGAGGCUUCGCAGAAGAUGCCGAUUGACAGAAAUACGGAUGGCUCGUAUUUGGCCUUUCGCUCUGUGGGAGGGUUGAUCUUUGCGUUUGAUCUGUUCGUGGCUGGGUUUACGACUGUUUGGUUGGACCAGGCGUAUUGGCAGCGGGCGAUUGCUUCAAAGCCAGAGACCUCGGUGAAGGCGUAUCUCCUUGGUGGAGUUGCGUGGUAUGGUGAGUACACAUGCAUGUCCCCGGAAUUGACAGAGGUCUUGUUAAUGAACGGCACAAUAGGCAUUCCGUUUGGAUUCGCGACGGUCAUGGGCCUGGGAUGCGUGGCUCUCACGGGAAACCCGAGAUUCCCAACAUAUCCCAAUCCACUUUCCACCGAGCAGGUUGGCGCAGGACUAUCCGCACCAGCGACGGCCAUUGCACUCCUUGGUAAAGGUGGCGCAGUGUUGAUAUUGAUCCUGUUGUUCAUGGCCGUGACAAGCUCUACCUCUGCGGAGCUGAUUGCAGUCUCGUCGCUGUUGACGUUUGAUGUGUAUAAAACAUACUAUCGUCCAAAGACUACCUCGACCGAGCUGGUCCGAGUAAGCCACUGGGCGAUCGUAGUAUACGCGCUGGUUCUCGCCGCUUUCUGCUGUGUUCUCAAUGCCGUCGGCAUAAGUCUGACCUGGGUGUUGACCGUGCUGGGUGUCAUUGUUGGCGGCGCCGCUCUGCCCGUCGGGAUGAUUCUAUUGUGGAAGCCCAUGUCGACUGUUGCAGCCAUUGGCGCUCCCUGGAUUGGCUUCCUCUGCGGUGUGAUCGUCUGGUUUAUCACGGCGUGGAAGCGUAACGGCGUAAUUAGUGUUGCCAGUACUGGAGACACGACCAAUGCUCUGGCUGGGAACAUUGCCUCGUUCGGGGUCGGAUUCAUCAUGGCUGCGGUGUUGAGCUAUGCAUUCCCCAAGAAGCGACCAUCUCCCGAGGUGAAUGCAAUCACGGGUAUAGAAUCGAGCAUUGAGUCUUCCACACUAACCCAAGAUCAGACAUCGCCGACCGUGGAAAAGGAGAAAACGACUCCGGAUCCAGUCUCGGACGAAGUAGUGAGAUCGCAGCCUUUGCCUGCAUCGCGAAACGAGUUGGUCGAAUACCUCGAAUCCAACACCAUCGAGCCCAUGGAUCCCGAGCUCGCACGCAAAGGCACGCGUAUUGCCACUAUCGCCAACGUGAUCUUCUUCUUUGGAGCAGUCAUCCUGGUACCCUUCACGCUCUUCGGCACCAGCUACGUCUACAGCAAGCCCUUCUUCACGGGCUGGGUGGUGGUCUCGUUUAUCUGGAUCUGGACGAGCGUGAUAAUUUGCGUCGUCUAUCCUGUGGUGGAAAGUAUGGGGGCAUUGCGGAGCAUUGUGGGUGGUCUGUGGGGCGAUGUGAAGGCUGUGCUAGGCCGUCGCCGAAAGGAGGCGGCCGUGAUUCACGACGCGGCAUGA